UCUUGAUUUCAAGCUUGUUGGAGGGUUAACAUUACAUGAAUUAUUGCAAGAAAUAGAGGAAUUUCAAACAAUAGUAAAUAGAGGUUCUGAUGAUCAAAAUGGUAUCGACAUCACAAUUAUGCCGCCCAACAACGCAUGUGAGCAAUUGACGGACGAGGAUUCUGGCGAUGAAGACUUAGUGUCGGUAAAUAACUUGCCUCCUUCACAACUUUUGGCAACUGCUGAAAUAAAUAACAGAAAUUUGGGUGAGUCAGAUUCAGAUAGUGAUCCUGAAUAUAAUAUACCGCUUGCAAAGUUACAAAAAAAGAAAAUUCUUCAAAAAAGCUGUAUAAGUGGACCAAUAGUGACCUCGUAACACAAGCUGUCACUUGGCCAUUGGUUCAAAUGGCCGUUACAAAUCGCACACCCUAUGAACUAUUCUCCUUGUUUUUUGAUGACGAUGUUGUGAAUUCAAUUGUAACAUAUUCUAAUAUAUACUCGGCUCAAAAAAAUCGUCAUACUGAAAUAACAAUCAGUGAAAUAAAGAAAUUCUUUGGCAUACUCUUGCUUAGUGGUUACAAUCAUGUUUCUAGAAGACGAAUGUAUUGGGAAACAGUAUCCGACACUCACAAUAAACUUGUAUCCAGUGCCCUUUCGCGUGACCGAUUUGAAUUUAUACUAUCGCAUUUACAUUGCUGUGACAACAAUAUUUUAGAUAAAAAAGACAAAUAUGCAAAAGUUAGACCGCUAUUCAAUCAACUGAACGAUAAGUUUCUGGAGUUUGUACCACACUCGGAAAACCAUAGUGUAGAUGAGAGCAUGGUACCGUACUUCGGGCGACAUUCAUGCAAGCAGUUCAUAAAAGGGAAACCAAUUAGAUAUGGAUACAAAUUUUGGGUUGGAUCCACAGACAAAGGAUACAUGACGUGGUUUGAGCCAUACCAAGGCGCUAAUAGCGUCAUAAGUGAUAACUAUAAACAUUUCGGUUUGGGACCCUCAGUUGUAUUGACGUAUGCAGAUGUGCUGUUAUCUUCAGGAGUAUUUCCGUAUCACAUUUUCUUUGAUAAUUUUUUUACAACUGUGCCCUUGCUUGAUCUAUUGUCUGAGAAAGGUAUCCGAGGUACCGGAACUGUACGUGAAAAUCGUAUGUCGAAAUGUCCUUUAGAAACUAAAACUAUGGUAAAGAAGCGAAAACGGGGAUAUUUUGAGUAUAAAAGUACGGAAGAUCAUCGUAUUGUAGUUACCACAUGGAAUGAUAAUAAUAUAGUAAACAUGGCAUCCAAUGCGGAAAAAGUUAUUCCUCCUAAAAAAGUUCAGCGAUAUUCGCAAAAAGAAAAAAAGAAGAUUUCCAUUGAUCAACCUGCACUAUUUUCGGUAUACAAUGCUCAUAUGGGUGGCGUAGAUCGUGGAGAUCAGAACAUAAGUCUCUACAGGAGGGAGGUGCACCUAAGUGAGUUCGGCCAAUAG